UUAGAAGGAUCUGGGAAGUAACAGAGAGAAGAACCACGUAAACGAAUACAGUCCAUGUAUGUAAUGAAGGAUUCUUGGGAGAACACGAUAUUAACUUCUCUUCUUUUUUGCUUUUAAACAACGUUGUUAAUUCUCAAUUUUGUUAAAGCCCUCUUCUUCUUCACCUGCUACUACUUUUUUACAAUGUCCGGGGAGGCUACUUCUUCUGGGUUUAAUUUGGAAGGCAUUGAUGAUGUUCAAGAUUUUCCAUGGGCGAAUUCGGGAGAGACGACGCCAUCUAUAUCGUGGGACAGGUACAAUCAUCUCUGUGAGAUUGUUCAGAUGGGUAACAAAGCAUAUCGUGAGAACAGAUGGGACGAGGCUAUCAAUCGUUACACAAGAGCUAGUAACAUUAAGCCGGAUGAUCCUAUUAUUCUUAGCAAUAGAUGCUCUUCAUACCUCAGGUAUAGCCAAUUUCUGAAAUGUAGAUCUGCAUCAGAUUCAGAAUACAGGCCAUUGAGUGGGUUGGAUCCUACAACGUAUGCUGGGCUAGCACUAAAGGAUGCUGAGAAGGUGAUGCAUCUGCAGAACAAUUCAGUUACCCCAUAUAUUCUGAAGGCAAACUCACUCAUUUUGUUAGAAAAAUAUGAUCUCUCCCAAGAGGUAAUCCGUUCAGGACUUCAAAAGAAUCCUCUAAGCAAUCCCCUUCUAAAUUUGGAGAAAUCGAUCAAAGCUACACUUGGAAGGAGAAGCCAUGGGAGACCACAGCGCAGUGAUGAGUUUGACUGCACCCUGUGCUUAAAGCUAUUAUAUGAACCUAUAACAACUCCCUGUGGACAUUCUUUUUGCCGUGCAUGCCUCUUCCAGUCAAUGGAUCGAUAUAACAGAUGUCCAUUGUGCCGAACAGUUCUUUUCAUUAGUCCCAGAACGUGUGCAAUCAGUGUAACGUUGAACAACAUAAUAGAAAAAACUUUUCCUGAGGAAUAUGCUGAAAGGAAGGCUGAGAAUGACAGUUUGAUAAACCUUGGUGUUGACUUGCUGCCUCUUUUCGUCAUGGACGUUAUUCUACCAUGUGAGAAGAUCGCACUUAACAUUUUUGAACCUCGUUACAGACUGAUGAUCAGGAGGAUAAUGGAAGGAAAUCGCCGAAUGGGAAUGGCUGUUCAUGAUCCUACGACAGGUUCAGUAGCUGAUUAUGCUUGUGAAGUGGAGAUUAUAGAAUGUGAGCCACUUCCAGAUGGGCGUUUCUUUCUGGAGGUCGAAAGUCGACGUAGAUGCCGCAUCGUACGACAUUGGGAUCAAGAUGGGUAUCGUGUUGCUGAGGUUGAAUGGAUACAUGAUAUAUGCCCAGCCGAAGGAACAAGAGAGAGGCAUGAAUUACUGGAGACGGCAAAUAAGGCGGCGGCAUUUGCUCAACAAUGGUUGAGGAACGCACAACAAGUAGCAGGAGAUCGGAGACGUGCAGAACUCUUCAAAGCUGAAGGGUUGAUGCCAUCAUCACAGGAUCCUGAGUGCUUAAGUUUUUGGCUUAACACUCUGACCAGUCGUAGACCAACAGAGAAAUUAGACCUGCUUCAGAUAAGAGAUACACAUGAGAGGAUAAGGCGAGGUCUGCUAUACAUGAAACAAGAAGAACAAGGUUGCCGGCUGCAAUAAUAUAUAUUGAACAUGUAAUUAGUUCCUUUUACAUGAAAACAGGAGAAGGCUGCCAGCUGCUAUAAAUUUUGGUCAACCUAUAAUUAUAGUUCCAUUAUUUGUAUUAUCAUUGGUUUUUCUGUAAAGCUCAUUUUGAUUUCAAUAUUUUUUUAAUCCACAUUUCCAGUACUGGAGGAUCCUCCGCCCAAUUUUCCUCUUUCAUAGAGAUAUAUUGUUGACUUCAACCUUUUAUCUAUUGUAAAGGCCCGCAGUGUGCAUACAGUAAAACCAGAAGGACGAAGUUUGUAGCCUCGUUAUCUCGAGGAGAAUGAAUCUUUUUGUUUGUAUGGCAAUACAAUCCAUAUUAUGUUUGCUUCAUUCACCAAAUUCACCGCAAUAUGAAAGGAUUUUGAGUUGUAUUCUGGAAA